GGUUGUGCCUGUUCAGACUGCAGCAGCAACUUGGUCGGUCGCCGUUGAGUCGCUCGAAAAGAUCCCCGGGCUGCAGGAUAAUAAAGCGUGACGCGUGUGCGUAACAUAAAAAUAACCAUAAAGCAAAUGCUAUCCACUCUCUGUGCGGAGUGAAAUGAAGUGAGGUGAAGUGAAGCGAGAAAAAAGGAAAAAUACUAUAUCCGACGAAGGCAAAACGGAAUUCCUUUAAAAAUCGGCAAAUAAUCAAGAGGCUAAGAAGAGCACACACACCGGUUUUGUGCAAAAUAAAAAAGAAAAGAAAAAGCAAGGGAAGCGAAAGGAAGAACGAAGUGAAAUCAAAAGAAUUCUUCGGCCCGAAAUGGAGCUGAACGGAAGACGAUUGUUGAGCUGCGGCUUGGGAUUCUUCUGCCUGAUCUUUUGCUGUUACGCUGUCCCCUUAUCUUUCGAGGAUGCCAGCAUCAUAAAGGGCCCCCAAUCUGCGAUUACCAUCAAGGAACAGAGUCCUCUGCAACUGCCCUGCGACUACCAAUUGUCGGAGGAGUAUCUUCAAAAGAAUAGCGUGAUCCUGCGCUGGCGGAAGGAUAGCAAAACCCUUCGUCAAGUGGAACUGGGCCGGAUGAGCAGUACCACCAGCGAACCCCAGUUGGAGACUAUGCUUCGCGAGGAUUCUCGAGUGACACUCAGCAAGGACAGUGGUUCCCUGCAGUUUAACAGUGUCCUGGCCAGCGAUGCCGGCCAGUAUCAGUGCCAGUUGGUCAUCGAGGGAUCGGUGGCCGCCAGUUCUGAUAGCGGAGCUCUAACUGUGAUUGAGCAACUCAAGUUUAUGCCUCAGCCCACAUCUAAAAAUCUGGAGCUGGGAACGCUGAGUAAAGUUCAUUGCAAGGCGCAGGGAACGCCGGCGCCACAAAUCAAGUGGACAAGGGAAACCCAACUACCUCUUCCUGCCAAUGUGACCGACCAGAAUGGAACUCUGAUCUUUCACCAGGUCAGCAAUGAUCAGCGUGGCCAGUACACUUGCAUUGCCUCGAACAGUCAGGGACAGAUCAGUGCCACCGUUUCCAUCAAUGUGGUGGUGGCGCCCAAGUUCAGUGUGCCGCCAGAAGGACCCAUCGAGGUGUUGGAAACAGGGACGGCCGUAAUCCAUUGCCAGGCCAUUGGGGAACCCAAACCUACGAUUCGUUGGGACAAAGAUUUAACAUACUUAAACGAGAACAACACGGAUGCAGAGCGCUUUACGCUGAUGGAAAAUGGAACGCUGGAGAUAAGGAACGUGGGGCCGGAGGAUGAGGGACGCUAUGGCUGCACCAUUGGCAGCAGUGCUGGACUGAAGCGAGAGGAUGUCCUGCUGGUGGUCAGGUCCAGCAAAUCAGCCUCCAAUUCGAUAGUGACCAGGAUCAUAAUCGUAAUCAUCUGCCUGGCCUUCCUCUACUUUGUGCUGGUCCUGGGAUUGAAGGUCUGGUACCGAUAUCGCCGUCACUUGGGUAAGGUGCAGCUCGAGGAUGGUCAUGUGCAGUCUCCCACCGAUGGCCAGGAGCAUGACCAUCCGGAGAACGAACCCUGCCUCACGGAAGCCAACUCCAGCAAAAACUUGAAGAGCAAACUGCGCGAGAGCACAAUCCUGGAACAGGAGUCACAGGUGGCCGAUGAUAUUGUGUGAGGAGGAGGAUGAGAUGGAGUAUUAGCUCCUGAGAGAAACUUUCCAUGAUCUCGGUCCCGUGCCCUUUUCCCUGCCCCUCGUUCUCUCCCUCUCCCUUCGAGUGUUACUCCGUUUUGUUGUUGUGGGAAAUCAAAAAAGGAACUUGUGAAAUCCAACCCAGAAGUCUAUUUGUAUUUAUAUUUAUCUAGUUCAU